GCCUCCUUCUGUAAUGGAAUGAAUUUCAUGUGAGUCUUCUCUAGCAGUGCACAAGGAGACUCCACACUGCUCUUGCCUGCUUGUGGGAAUGCAGCUUGUGUCUGGGCUAUUGCUGCUCUGUAGUGAGCUUUGCACUCUUUCAGCUUCCUUCCAGAUCACUAUCCUACACACAAAUGAUGUCCAUGCCCGUGUAGAGCAGACCAACAGAGACUCUGGUAAAUGUGGCAACCCUGCCGACUGCUAUGGAGGGGUGGCCAGGAGACUUACCAAGAUCAAGGAGAUCCGCGCUAGCCAUCAAAAUGUUUUGUUACUGGAUGGAGGUGACCAGUUUCAGGGGACCAUAUGGUUUAAUGUUUAUAAGGGAGAUGAAGCUGCAUAUUUCAUGAACCACUUGAAGUAUGAUGCCAUGGCUCUGGGAAACCAUGAAUUUGACAAUGGAGUUUCUGGUCUUCUGAGCCCAUUUCUCAUGAAUGUAAAAUUUCCUGUUCUGAGUGCCAACAUUAAACCGGACACCUAUAUUUCAUCUAACAUCACUGGAUAUUUUCAAUCCUAUAAGAUUCUGGAUGUUGGUGGUGAAAAAAUUGCAAUAGUUGGAUAUACCUCAAAAGAAACUCCAGUAUUGUCUGAUCCAGGCCCACAUUUGAUAUUUGAGGAUGAAAUUUCUGUGUUACAAACUGAGGUCUCUAAAGUAUUAACUCUUGGUGUAAACAAAGUUAUUGCAUUGGGACACUCAGGCUUUGAGACGGAUAAGCUCAUUGCUCAGAAAGUGAGAGGAGUUGAUGUCGUAGUAGGAGGACAUACGAAUACAUUUCUUUAUACAGGCACGCCACCUUCCAAUGAAGUACCUGUUGGGAAAUAUCCUUUUAUAGUAAAUUCGGACGAUGGUCGAUCUGUGCCAGUAGUUCAAGCAUAUGCCUUUGGAAAAUAUCUUGGAUACUUAAAUGUUACAUUUAAUGAAGAAGGAAAUGUCUUACAUUCUUCUGGAAAUCCAAUUCUACUGGACAGCAGCAUUCCUGAAGAUUCAGAGCUUCUAGUGGAAAUAAACAAGUGGAGGGAACAGCUAAAUGCCUUCUCAGCUCAAGAAAUUGGGAAGACUUUAGUGUUUUUGAACGGUUCUUCUUUGGAGUGUCGAUUUCGGGAAUGCAAUUUGGGAAAUCUAAUCUGCGAUGCUAUGAUAUAUAACAAUAUUCGGAAUCCUGAUGAAGUGAGAUGGAACCAUGUUUCCCUGUGUAUCAUGAAUGGUGGUGGAAUAAGAGCGUCUAUUGAUGAGAGAUCCAGUAAUGGAAGCAUAACGCUUGAAGACUUGUUAUCCGUACUACCAUUUGGAGGUACUUUUGAUAUAAUCGAAAUUAAAGGUUCAACCCUCAAAGCAGCAUUUGAGCACAGCGUACAUAGAUAUGGAGCCAGUACUGGAGAGUUUUUGCAAGUUGGUGGAAUAAAAGUGGUUUACAAUAUAGAUAACAAACCUGGAGAUAGAGUUGUCAGUUUACGAGUUAUAUGCACAAAAUGUCGAGUACCAAAAUAUGUUUCAGUGCAAAUGGAUGAAGUGUACAAAGUAGUGCUUCCUGCGUACAUUGCCGAGGGUGGAGAUGGUUUUGCCAUGCUGAAAAAUGAGAGUCUGAAACAUGAUAGUGGUGAUCUUGAUGUAGCAGUGGUUGGAAAUUUUAUCCGUAAAAUGUUAAGAGUCUACCCUGCAGUGGACGGGAGGAUUCAGUUCUCACAAGAUGACGCUGACAAGUCCUCUUCAAGCGCCAUUCAGAUGAACUUGCCCUUGGUUUAUUUAACAACUUUAAUUCUGUUGAUACAUAAAAUUCUCUGAAAAUCUUCAUCGAAGAUAUGAAACAAAGAUAAAGUCUUAGUAAUAAAUACUGUUUUCACUUGUUUUGUAAAUGUAAUACUACUAACCCUGCCAUUUUGUAAGGAAAAACAUUGAAAUGUCCAGAAUUUGUUGCACAAACCUGGCCCUCCAUUCCAUUGUACGUGAGGAGCUGAUAAAAAAAAAUCAAUACUAUUUCCAAACUGCCUUGUUUCCUAAUGUGAUUGGGGCCCUUGGAGAGAUCUACUGAUGAAAUAGAUAGAAAAGGAAUGCAGGCCGUGUGGGGGAGUAGGGUUUAUUUCAGAGUUCAGAAUAACUACAGUAUGUUAUAUGCAUAUGUAAAGCAUAUGACUAUAUGCUGGCUUGUUUUUCUAUGUAGAAAAAAAUAUAUAUGCCAUAUAAUAUGAUAUUCCAUAUUCCCAGAGUACUGAUACAAAUAUUUUUAUAUUUCAGACUUCUUUGUUAUUAUUAAAUGUAACUAUUUUCAUCCAAGAAGCAAAAUCGCUUAAACUUUUAGAUAUCUAAAAUACACAUACCGUAUAUACUCGAGUAUAAGCCGAGUUUUUCAGCACAAUUUUUCGGCUGAUACUCAAGUGAACAAAAAAAUGAUUCUGGCUUUAGCUGUGAGGGGAUGGUCCCGGCCGUCCAUCUCCGCCUGUCAAUUCCUUCUCAGUGGUCUUCAACCUGCGGACCUCCAGA